AAAUUCUUUAAAUAUUAUUUCUAGAUUAAUAGUAUUGCUGCUUAUAUAUUGACAAACCAUCUUCAUCUUCAUCUUCAUCUUGGUCUUUUUGAAGGUAGAGAAAAGGUUAAAGAUGGAGGGGCAUCAUCACCGCAUAGGUAUGCUUGAGAUAGCUGAGAUCUAUUUCAACACAUCAUCAGAGAACCUCAAGCAACUGAUAGAAGACUUUUUCAAUUCAAUGGAUGAAGACCACGAUAAAAAAGUAAGUCUGAGCGAAUUCUUGAACAACAUGAAGGAGGAAGGACUCGUAAAAGCAGAAAAUCCACCAGAAAUGUUCAAAGCGCUCGACGUGAACCAUGAUGGAAGUCUGGAUUUCAAGGAGGUGAUGGCUCUGUACUACGUUAUUAAGAGUGGAAGACCUUUCUGUGGAGGAUGUGGUAAGUUCAUACCAGGGAUGUUCUUCAGUUGUUCGAUAUGUUUUGACAAUGAAGAUGACAAGUUCUGCGUUUGCCCCAAGUGUUUUAGCAAUGAAAAUAAAAGUUACACCCACAAACAUAUGCCUGGCCAUUUCUUGGAUAACUUUGCUUUGCUUGAAGCUAAGAGAAAGAUGGCUAUGGAUACCAGAAAGCCACCUCCUUCCCCGGAAGAGCCUAAGAAGAAGUCGACUUGGCUGCUCAGAUUACUCGAGUCAGCGAUUGGCGCUGCGGCCGUGGCUGGUGCUGAGGUUGCAGCUGUUUCUGGCGCUGCGGCUGCGGCUGACCUUGCGGCUGAGGGUGACAGCUGUAGCAUUAUGUGAGAGAAAUGCAAACCAAUUUGCUCUUAAUUUUCACAAGUUUAUAAAUAUGGUUCUAUAUUAUUAUUAAAACUUUAUGGUUUGCGUGCAUGCAUGUUAAACUGCGUCAUUAGGUGUUUGUGUGCAUUAUCAUUAGGUAUGGUCAGAGAUGGGAAAUAGAAGUAUGAACUGGUAGUAGCUUGAGAAUGCAGGGAAUGGUGGAUAUGGUGGAUCUGGUGCUUGGCUGCUUGUAUUUCUGGUUGUUUGCUGUUUGGCUGUCUGUAUUGUUGUUUGGUUGCUUGUAUUUCUCUUUGUCUUGGUUCUCUUUUGGUUGGUUUCUCGCCAACUUGAUGUUAUGCUAGAAAAUAAUUUCAGUGUGCAAAUUUGUGCCAACCUAAUUAGGAUGAACUUUUUCAUUGUUUGAAUCUUCUCAUCAAUAAAGUUUGUUUUGUUGAUAAAAAAAA